AUGUUGCAAGGGAAGAUUAAAAAGUUCAAGCUACCCAUUAAUAAUAACAUCGACAAUUUUUUAAAGGACAUAAGCUUAAAAAAAAAUGAAUAUGUGUACGGGUGUGGGGCGGAAGAUAUAGAAAAUGUGAAUCUGAAGGCCGAGUGCAUAAUUAAUUAUUUCACUUUCAUCAACGAGAGUUAUGGCAAUCUGUUACUUCUGUUGUGUCAAGAGGGAUUUGACACUGUCCUGAAUUACAUACGCAUAAGUGACAAUUUAAACGAUGGAGAACAGGAGAAGAUAUUCGGCUGUCUAACUAUUCUAAUUGAAAAAAGUGUAGACGUUUUUAAAAACUAUUUGAAAUGUGUCGAAAAAUAUCAACAGAAAAAUGGGUAUUGUGAUAAUGGAGUGGAAAUGUUACAAUUUAUUCUAAACGAAAAUAAUAGCAUCAUGAAUAUGAUCAUUCAGUGUCUGGAAGAUAAUUACAAAGAGUAUUCUGUACAUGAAAAGAGGAAAAAGAAAUUUACCUUUUUCGAGAUCCACGAAAUUUUAACCUCCUACUUUAAUGCGCUAACAUUUAUUUACCUAAAUCUGUUUAAUUGUUAUUAUAACCAUAAUUUUUGUAAGCAACAGAAUUCCGAGAUGGUGGUUGUUAAUGUUCAGAGAGGGAGGAAAAAACUGAAAAAGGACAACGAUGAAGAAACAAAUGUCGCUUUGAAAAAUAUGAAUUGUCUUCUGAACAAUAUCAUUUUAUUGGUAAGCAACAUCAACUUUGACAUUUUAUAUGACCAGGUAAACAUCCCUGUGGUGGAUUUAUAUCUGCAGUUUUUUCUAAAUAUCUACACCAUUAACCAGGAAAAUAACAACAUGUUUAACAUGAGUACCUAUCAUGAUCACAUCUCGAUGAUUAUUGGGACCCUGUUGAAGAUGUACAUUAAGGAAGAGAAGGGAAGGGGUGGGGUUGGUGCUCUGUCCAGUAGGGGCAACACGAGCAGGGAGAGCCAUAAAGGUGGGGGAAAAAAAAGCGGUUCAUCGGGGUGGCGACACAGGGGAGAUUUCAGCGAGGGAUUAAGUGAAGAUAGUGAGGAUGGAGUUAACGACCAUAACAAAGGUGACUGUAGUGCCGAUCAGGGUGGUACUCAAGUUAAGGAGACGCGGAAGGACCCCCCUAAAGAAGAAGACAACAAGAGCGAAAAGUCAGUUGGCGAAAAAUUCUAUUCCUUCUCCUUUACGUACAUUUUUUUAAACAACUGCAAAAAGUGCACCACCGUGAAUAUCUGUGAUGCCCUGCUAAGGGUGAAGAACACGGACAUUCCGACAAUCAUUAUAAAGGAGUUUAUCGAUUAUAUAAAGGAAAAUUCGCUCCUCUACUUAAACCUGAGCGUACAAACACAUGCACAAAAUGAAAUAUUAAAUGUGCUGAAUUUUUUGGAGUACUUAUCGAAAAAUUUAAGUUUCCAUCUUCUGUCAUUUUUGAAAGACUUAAAGGACAUGCUGGGCAUUGAUAUUUAUUACAUUAGAAAAUCCAUUUUCGAGAUAUUUAAAAAUUUUAUAACUUUAGCCAAGGCUAGUGAGGAAGUGAACGAGGGGGGAAGUACGGACAAGGAUGGAGACUAUGGGCAUGUCACUCGUAGUGAAAGGUUUAAGAUGAACAUGGACACAGGAGAGUUGGAAGACGAUGACGGAGAGGAGGAAGAGGAUGAUCUAGAGGAAGAUGAUGAUAUAGACGGGGAGGAUGAUGUAGAGGGAGAUGAUGAUGGAGCGGGGGAAGCUGGAGGAUUCGAUGAAGAGGACGAAUCGGAGGAGACAGACCAGAACGACGAUAGCAGCGAGUUUUUCUCUCAAGGAGACGAUGAUGAGAGCCAGUCGUCCGAUGAGGAAUUUAAAAAAGGGAACGGAUCUAGGAAGAAGAAAGUAAACGCGAGAAGAAACAACAGAGGUGGUAGCAGGAAAAACGCGAAAAAGGGUUGCAUACUUAGGAAGAAGCAACAAGGACAGAACAGAAAAAGAAAAAAAAAAAAAAUGAACGCAUAUUUAAGGUCAUUUCGACAAAGCUUGAACGAAAGCAAAAUCAAUACGUACAAAGAUAUGAUUCACAAAAUAGUUAUGGAGGACAUUCCAUUUUUACAAUUAUGUUUUAGUGAGUGCUUAAAAAACAGAGCCUUUGUUAUGAACGUGUUGAUGUCGAGACAACAUGAUUCGAAGCUGCAUGUGCGUUGCCAUUUAUUAAAAGUCUUGCAGGAGCUAAUAGAAAAUAAUUUCAUCCCUCUCAACUAUUACAAUAACUUGUGUUUGAUAUGCAGCGAACGGAUAAAUGACAAGUCUCCACUGGUGAGGCAGAGGGCCUUUUCCCUCCUUUCGUGCAUAGCAAGCGACGUGGUGAAGAAUAAAUAUGUCAUCCCCCUGCACACAAAUAGGAUAAAGAAGGAGCUGGCGAACCUGAGCAGGAGGAAAGAGGCGAUGAAGAGGAAGGAGCUGUCCAGUGGAACGGGAAGGAAAAGAGUUAAUCUAUCAGACAGUGAUAGCAGUGAUGGGGGAGGGAGCGACAUAACAGAUCAGGGUGAAGUAAACGGGAAAGCGCAAAAUGGUAGUAAUCACAACGUCUCCACCGGAGUGAGCAACCAAGAGAGAACAAAGAAGAAUCACCAGAAUAAGUACGAUUUGUUAAUAAAAAUGUACAACGAAGUUUUAUUCAUUUCGAUUAUUGUUGACGAUUGUGUGGAACUCUGUUUCAGAUUGUUAUACUCCGUGGUGGAGACGGACCAAAAGAGUGCCAUCCGAUUUAUUAUACUAGCACAUAUGUGCGGAAAUAAGAAAGUAGAGGAACAAAUGAACAAAGUAUGGUCUCUAAUUUUUAGCAACAAUUCCAGCAUAGUAGAAAUUAUUAUCACUGAAUUUGUAAAUGUAAACAUAACUUGUGAUGACUAUCGAAUCAGUGCCUUUCGAUUAAUUAAUGUGUGUCUUAAUAGUAAGUUGAAGGAUCUGUCAUGUUUAGAGAAGAUAAUGGAGUGUCUAUUAAUGCAGGAGAAGUGCAGCGUAAGUGUUACCAAAUUGCUGGAUGAAUUAUUUAACAUAAUUUUUGUAGAUACAUUCAGUGAGAACAAGAAUUUGAUCAUCAAGGAAGGGGCUCUGUUGCUGAUGAAGAUACUCUGUUAUUCUAUCCACACGGUUAAUUUAAAAAAAGGGAAAAAAGAACAUCACUUUGUUUUUAGCAACAAAAGGAAGCAUCUCAUUUUGGUAUUCAUCAAUCAGUACAAGGAAAAUCUGCACUUUAUAAAUUUGCUAAUUUUAAUUUUGAGGUAUAAUAAGACGAAUAAAAUUGUCCAGAAUUUACUCAUCAUUUUGUUUAACCUCGUUUUUGAUCAUAUGUCUGAUGGGAAGGGCGAGAAAAAUGGAGAGAAUUUUUCUGCUAGUGAGAUGAGUCCCCGGGCAUCCUCCCUCGGGAAGAGUAAAGGUCGGCGCGCCAGCGUUAACGAUGUUGUAGUGAACACGCGCAGUGGGGAACCACCCGAACUGAUCGACUAUUUCCCUCUACACGAUGACAGGAAUGUGUGGUUCAAGUGUUGUCAGUCAAUUGUGGAAAGCAUGUACGAACACUUUGAUGACUUCCUUGCCAUCUUUGCGAUGAAGAUGAAGAGCAUGCUUAGUGCCAUCCUGUGUGGUGAAAACAAAAGUGCGAAUGAAGAUUUUACUGAGAGCAGAGGGGGAGACAGCUCGGCGUGCAGACUACGUAGCAAGGGAGUGGACGAGGCGGAAGAGAGCCCAGUAGACAAAUCAAGCAAGGUGUCCUGCUUCAUGCUAACGAAGUUCAUAUUCGUGUCAGGUCACCUAGGGUUAUAUACCUACAUAUAUGCAGAGAAGAUACAAAACAAUUUGAAAAAAAUCGCAUCGAAAAGUGACAGUAACUAUGGAAUGUGUACGAAGGAAGAAAAAGACAGAGAAUAUUUCGACUACGUGGUUGAAAAUAUGAUUGUAUGUAAUAAUCUGUUGGGAAAAAAAAUUCUGCCUUUAAUAUUUUUAAUUUUGAAUAACCCGGAAAGUUUUUUUAAUGACUGUGUAGUUAAGGGCGAAGCGGACGGGGGGAAUAAAUGGCCUCUUAAAAGUGGAACAUACCCUCCGUUUAAGGAUUCCGAUAACAUGAAGGGAAAUAUCUACAUGCAUUAUGAGAUGUACUUGCUCGUCCUGGUUUGUCUCCUAACCCUGUGCAAGUUUUGCAUAAUUUCGCAAAAGUUUUGCCAGAGCGUCAUGAGAGAUCACGUGUCGAUUAUACAGCUGAUUGUGUCCAUUAUAACGGAGGAGGGGAACUCCAUUUUUGAGUUGAAAACGGAGAUGUUGCUGGGAAAAGGGGGCGCCCCGUCCAAUGGAGACGACGCGAGGAACGACCGCAUGCUGAGAAGCGACAGCGAUGACAACGGCGGUGGUGGCCGUGGGGUGCCCCAUUUUUUGCAGUCCUUCUCUCGCAGGGGCAGAAGGAAGAAGGGAGAAGGCAAAAAGGAAGACAACCAUUUGUGUAUCGAAAAUGAGAAAGUGGAGAGAUUUGUCACCCAGGAGGAGGACAUCCAGGACGACCCGUGGAAUCUCUUUCGAAGCAGAAUCAUGUUCAGGACGGUCUCAAACGUACGAAAAAUGCUCCUAAUCAGUUACGCCGAUUUGUUAUAUAGGCACCCAAACUUAUUGGAGCCAUACAACAAGUACAUUUUUAAAGUUCUUAAUGAUAAAGACAUAAACCUGAGAAGGACAGCUGUCUCUGUUUUUACGCAUCUUUUCAUGACGGACACGGUGAAGGCCAAGAAUAUUUUGCUUGUCCAUAUGAUGUACUUAACCAUCGAUAAGGAUGAGAAGAUAUCGAGUGGGUCCAAAUCGUUCUUCUAUGAAUUAGACAGAAAGUCGCAUGUGACACUGGUCAACAACAUAUGUGACAUGAUUUCCGUCCUGGCGAAAAAUGAAAAGAAACUCAAGUACGAAAUGAAUAAAGAAAUCGAAGAAUUCCUUCUGAGCUUUAUUAAAAAGAGUAAAUAUAACGAAACGUUGGUCGAGAAGAUUUUCAAAAAAAUGAAAGAAGUCAAUAUUAACAACACCGACGCGCUGAAACUGUACAUGCAGGUCUUUCUAAACAUACAAAUUGAUGAGAAGGUGCUGAGUAGAAUGAAUAAAAACUUUCCUCUAAUCAGAUACAUCAUAAGGGAGAAUCAAUACAUUCAAGAUAGCUUCAUUCAUAUAUGUAAAAAGGCCACGGAGAAAAAGAGGGGAAGACCGGCAGAGGAAGGACAACACCAACAGCAGCAACAACAGCAGCAGUCGAACGCGUCCAACAAUGAAAAGGGAAAUAACGAACGGGUCGAAAAUGACAAAUUGGAAAAUAAAAUGAGGGAACUGGCUGAAGAUAUCCUAGGCAAAAUCGAGUCCACCACAAAUAAAUCCAAGAACGUUUCGAACGCUCAUGAGAAUGCAACAAAUGUUGUUUUGAAGGAGUCGAGAUGUAAGGAUGAUGACGAUGUGGUUCGAAAUGACGAGGAACUGAGUAUGAGCAGAAAUGAGGACGGUGGGACUUAG